CUUAUAGUUGUACUUAUCGGAGACUCCGGAGUAGGCAAGAGUAACCUUCUGUCUCGAUUCACUCGCAAUGAGUUUAACUUGGAAAGCAAAAGCACCAUUGGAGUAGAGUUUGCAACAAGAAGCAUUCAAGUUGAUGGGAAGACAAUAAAGGCUCAGAUAUGGGACACAGCAGGGCAGGAGCGAUACCGAGCUAUAACAUCAGCGUACUAUCGUGGAGCUGUAGGGGCAUUAUUGGUGUAUGACAUUGCUAAGCACCUUACUUACGAGAAUGUAGAGCGAUGGUUGAAAGAGCUGAGAGACCAUGCUGACAGCAAUAUUGUAAUCAUGCUUGUGGGAAAUAAGAGUGACUUGCGCCACCUGAGAGCAGUCCCUACAGAUGAGGCCAGAGCUUUUGCAGAGAAGAAUGGUUUGUCAUUUAUCGAGACAUCUGCUUUAGACUCUACAAAUGUGGAAGCAGCUUUCCAGACUAUUCUGACAGAGAUCUAUCGUAUUGUUUCCCAGAAGCAAAUGUCCGACAGACGUGAAAACGAUAUGUCUCCAAGCAACAACGUGGUUCCCAUUCACGUCCCUCCAACCACUGAAAACAAACCAAAGAUGCAGUGCUGUCAGAAUAUAUAGAAUUGUUCAUUCUUUCCUAAAAGGCUGUGUAUAUUCCCCAGGUCCAAGAUUUAAAUAUAUUUGUAAUUCUCGUGGUUACUUUCUUGUGUUUAGUUACUGCUUAUUCCUCCUGAAUUUCUCCAUGUCUUAAACACUUUGAUUUCAGUGUUUAUAAAUCUAUUGCUUCUGUGUGGCUGCAGUAUUUUCCCAACACCAACUUGUCCAUUUUGGUUCAGUAAAUUGUUUGGAACUGAUCUGAUCUCUUCCCAACAUGGUGCCCGCUAGUCAGAGCACAGACACCUUUAGUGAGCACUUGAAGACGUUAUUCUGCUCCUCGCAAAACAAUUACUGUCAGGUUAACUAGGAAAAUAUCUCUGGGCAGGGUAAUCUUUCCUUGUCUUAAGGUGUUGUAUACUGCAUCUAAAGCUUGAUGAAAUGCCCAUUGCUCUGAAGUGCAAUUUUAAUAUAAGUUAAUGUUUCUGGCUACAUCUUCAGAUUGUCACGUUGAGGGUUUUUUUUUAAUAGAAUAUUAUGGGGGAGAAAAGAGAAUUUCUUGCAAACAAGCAGCAGGGUUCUUGCUACCUGUGAAUGAGCUUUUGUGGUUUGGCACCUGCUGCAGAGGAGGUUGUGAUGUGAGGCAGAGCUGCUGGGAGGCUGGCCGGGGAGAUGCUGGUGGGACUCUGGUUGAGGUGUCUCUUGUGAAGAAAGCAAAAGCACGAGCUGCGUAACUGAUGAAGGGUCGCUCUGACGCUGGAACUUGCAGCAUGUUUUUGUGCUGCCCGAGACUUGGCCUCCACAGAGCUGGUGGUAUCAGGAUUUGAGGAUGCCUUUUUUCUUUCAUGGCACACCGACUUGAAGGGUGUUGUCACGUAUUACAUAUCACAUUUAUUAAUACGUGCCACGUAUAUUAAUAUAUUCAAAUGCUUGAGUCGAUGAAUCAAUGACUUCCACAACCUGGUCUUAGUUUUCAGUUCUGUUUCAUCUGGUGUUUUUAAAUUAUUCCUAUGGUUUGGUGUAUGUUCUCUAACAAAAGCAUCUGGAGUAGUUUUUUUACUGGGUGCCUUCCUUCUGUGGUCUGUCGCUCAGUACAAAUCAUCUGUUGGAUUAGCUUGUUCAGGGAUACAUGAACUGUGCCUUCUGUCACUGCACUCUGAAACCACGGCAUGUCACUCCGUAUGUGCUAUUCCCAAACACGUCAUUAAUACUGAGAUUUGGGGGCUAUAGGCACUGAAUUUCUACAGUAUUUAAAAGAACUGUUUGUUGUAUAAAUGCCUGCAGUUAUUUAUACAACUGCAGGGAAGUAAUUGAUUGUAGGGGAUGUUUCUCAAACUCUGAUAUGACCCGUUUGGAACAUCCAAAUCUGGGGAGGCACUACCAGCUGCGUUUCGUACCCAACCUUUCUGUCUUGCGGUGCUCAUGAUGUGUAAGGCACACGGAAGGCAUUGCUGUAGUCGGUCGCUUGGUUUUUUUAGUCCAUUUCUCCUCCUAAUAUUAGUUCUGAAGAUGCGAUUUUGAUCUGUUUGUAAAUUACUUUGUAUUUUAUGCAUGUACUGUACCUUGAUUCAUUAUUUUUUUAGAUUGAUUUAAAAUAUAUUCAUCCAUGAUUCUAAUAAAGAAUUACAGGGGACGACUCAGUAUGGUGUUGGGUGCACUUUUUGGGAUAACUGGGAUUUGACCUGAAGGUUUUUACUUACUGGAAGCUAGUAAGCUUCUUGGAACAGCCUGCGAGAAGACACUGAAGUGGAAGUACCCCCAGAAAAGGAAGUGAAAGGGUCAUGUAACACAGUUAACUGCCGCCUUCACUCAGACCAGGCCUGCAGCUUUUUGGGGCUGCUGCAGUUCAUAGCCAUGACAGUUUGGCAGCUUCAGGAAGCUUUUAUGCUCUGAAAAGUCUGUGGGUUCACUCUAGUCACACUUCUGAAUAGCUUUUACAAACUGGGGUUUUUUUCCCACGUUGCCACCAGUAAGAACAUCCUGUGGGACAGCAAACUACCGCCUUCUACAGCAAAUUAUUUGAGCUUUUUUUUAUCCUAGUUUGGUGUCCUGCUGAAGAAGUGGUGCACGGGAGAGCCAGGCUGCCAGCGAGCGUUGCGCGUGGUGUCCCUGGCUGCCUGCUGCAGGCAGCAGUCACCCACAGAACGUGUGGGGCAGCACUGCUGGCUGCGGGGACAAAGGCAAUUUAGGGCCUUCUAGCAUUGCAGGAGAGUGAGGAUGAGGUGUAAGACUGGGCCCUUGCUUACUGUGGGAACUGUUCUCGGAGCACUUUCUCUGGCCGGACCGGAGCAUAUUUUGGAAUUAACCAAAUUACCGGGGCAACCAAGUUCUAAAUUUGUCAACUGGAAAUGCAGGAUGAGUUUCACUUCGCUUCCUUUCUGAUUCACGUAAGCAGGCAGCUUGACUCAGCUGUCACGUCAGCUUUGGAUUUUGCAUGGUUUUAUGCAAGAUGUUCCUUCUGCAGCAAAUGCAAUCGGAGCACAAAUCGCUGUCAGAAGCCGAGGCUGCCCCUGCCCUGCGCAGAGUUUGCGUGUCUGCACGUGCUUCUUCCUUCGCCUCGCAAUAAACAGUGCCGUGUUUAAGUCCUGGGCAGCUGUGAAAUGGCUGCGUGUGCUGUUAGCAAAAUAAGAACUCUGAUAAUUUUUUUUUUCCCCCCACCAGAACUUUAAAAUUAAUAAUUAUAAAACAGGCCUUAGAAAUGCUGUGCAAAAACUGAUUCUGUACUUAUGAACUGCUGCAACACGGAACAUCAUAAAAUUUUCAUGCAAUAGUUUGUAAAGCCUUCGUGAGCUAUCAACUUGUAAAGCAAAAUCAAACGGUGUAUCUACAGAGACUAACUUCUUGCCUAUUAAAGCCUUUGCCUCG